UUGAAACAGCGGCACGAUGUCGUCGCCGGGAGGAUCUCUUCUCGUCAUAGGAGGCACAAGCACGAUUGGACAGGCUGUCAUCGCAUUGUUCGCGUCAUAUGGCGUACCUGUCGUCUUCACUUCGCGCAAGCCAGCAUCUGGCAUGACGGACUUGGCCACCCGGUUGAGUGCACGUGCAGAGGACUUGGCACGGCAUGACAGGAGGUCGUCUGUGGGGCGUAUAGAGGCCUUUGAAGCAGAUCCGGUCUCGCCGCCGUCGCUCGAAGCCGCCGUAGGCCGCGCCACCGAAGUGGGCGCUGGCCAGCUGCGCUAUGCAAUCAACAUUGCUGGAAUAGUACAGAGCUCGGCAGGCUUCAAACCGAUUUGGGAGCUACCGAUGGACGAGGUUCGGCGCAUGACCGAGAUUAAUUUCCACGCCGUUGUCAAUGCCUGCCAGAUCGAGCUUGCGCAGAUGAUCAAGCAGGGCACCAAGCAGAGCAACACGUCGGACCGAGAGCUGGAUAGCGAGGAAGUACCUUUCAGCAUCAUCAAUGUAGCGAGCGUCUACGGUAACAUAGUGAAGAGAUUGUCACAGCGCGGCAUCGCCUUCAAUUCAAUCUACGCAGCGACCAAGCAUGCGAUUCUCGGCUUCACCAAGUCCGUAGGCCACGAGUGCUUUCCUCUUGGAGUCAGGCUGAAUUCCAUCAGCCCCGGCUACCACAUUACGGAAGAGCUGGCUACGGCGGAUCCGGAGCUGCUCAUGGAGAAGUGCGCACCGAAUGGCAAGGGCGGAAACUUUGACGAUCUCUCCAAGACAUUUUAUCACGUUGCCGUUGAAGCAAAGUAUACGGCAGGCACAGAUUUCCCCAUCGACGGAGGAUUUUUGGCCAGGGGUGCAGGCGUCGAGUUUGACACCUUUAUGCGGCGCAAGAGCAAGCAACAGACGAGCGCUUGAGGCAAUGAUCGGAGACGGAUUCGAAAAUGCCCCGCUUCGUGAAUUGUUGUCGUAAUAAUCUUUCUCCCGUUUCUUGCUUACGUCCUGCAAACACCUUGAUGCUUGUUUCUGAUUAGACUCAUUGCACACCGGC